AUGGCAUCGACGCGUCAACACCAGUUUGUUCAGAUCUACCAAGAUCCAAUGCCUGUCCCCUCCAAGGGCUCUCCCACUCACAAACCACGACCGCGUUUGCAACCCUCAGCGAUGCCUCUCCAACCCUUGAGGAAUCCCCCGGCUCACCCCGAAGUCAUUCUUGACGCACCAAUGGGUCCAACUCAGCAAAUUUCACCGUUGAAGAGCCAACCUUUAUCGCCACCAAAUCCGAACUAUGCUAAUCUCAGCUACAUCCCUAUCCCUCCGCCUUCCACAACGCCCCAUCCCUACACCGACUCACCAGCAAAGAGAUAUCAUAUUCCUCCCAAUCAACAGUUUCAACCAGUCCAAAUGAAUCACCAACAACAGCCGCAGCAGCAGCAGCAGCCCCUAUUCACCACAUUCAAUAGCAAUUUCGAUGCCUUUGAACAAGAAAACUAUCCUGCAGCGGCGAUGCAUGAAAACUUUGUCGACUUUCCAGAGCCUUCUUAUGAUCACAACACGCAGCCACUCAAGAGAUCAUACUCUGAUGUACAGUCACUGAAUGACCGACCAUUCAAGAAGUCUAGACAGGAGGAAGAGUCCAUAACAUAUCUGCCGGAACCAGAGGACAUGCCCCCGGUUGAGGAUGAUGGUAGCAAGCCGUCAUACAGCUAUGCUCAGAUGAUUGGAAUGGCCAUUCUCCGAGCGCCAAAUCGCCGUUUGACUCUGGCACAGAUCUAUGAAUGGAUCUCGAACACCUUCGCAUAUUAUCGAGAAGAUACGAAGCAAAGCUGGCAUAAUAGUAUCCGACAUAACUUGUCAUUGCACAAGGCUUUCACAAAACAGGAAAGACCAAAGGGGGAUGCCGGUAAAGGGAGCUACUGGGUCAUCGAGCCUGGAAUGGAGGGACAAUUUAUCAAAGACAAGAAUCGGCGAGGCAACAAUCUGUCACAUAUGACCAUCAACACAAAUGUCAUCCGCCCGGAGUCUCAGAAGAUUGCUCAACCAUUGUCUGACGCUUUGGCACCGAAUCCGUUUAUUGUUCAAUCCAGUGAACCUCCUCGACCGCAAACGGCUCCUGCACUCCCCGAGCUCUCCUCGGAUGCCACACUGCCGGCAUCAGAUCCUGCCCUCAAUGAGCAGGAGACAGCCGAACUUGGGGAUAGAUCGCUCCCGACAGCACCUAAGUCCUCGCCUCCAGAUGCGAUCAAUUCCUCCCCACCUGUCCCUAGAUCAAUUCAUCAUCGGACGAUUUCAUCCCCUACUGCACGUCUUCAACGCCCCCCUUCAGUGCAUCAACCAAAGCGAACUCUUUCCAAGAUGGACGACAGCGGAUAUUUCUCGUCCAUUGAGUCGUCCGUGUUGCGGCCCAAUAAAACCACCGCCGUGCUUACUUCGGAGUUGGAUAUCGAGCCAUUGAAGAAGAAAACAGGCCGGGCAGAAGAAGAGAUCGCUCGAAUUCGAAGUUCCUCUCACGACGUGACCCCGAGUCAUACCAGGUUCCGCAAUUCGACCGCCGAAACUACUCAAUCGUCCUCCCCUGUCCGGGUCAGCCCAGCUGCAAAAUUAAAUCCGGUGACUCCUUCAAUUGUCUUCAAGAAGCCUAUCCGCCCUCCCCCUUCGAUAUCCCCAAACACACAACUUCACCUUCAUCGGAAGGCUAUGCGUGACUUUGCCAACUCUCCCAUCAAGAGCUUUGGGCUUUUCCAAAAUGACGUUGAAACGUACAGUCCUCUGAAGUGGUCGACCCUAAAUCCUUCGGCUGCUCCUCCGGAAGAGUCUUUUGAGAUUUUCUCAGAACCAACAAUUGGACUCACACCGGCGACACCAGCAUUCAUUUCAUCGUCCCCUCUCAAAGCAUCUGUAUCCCGCCCGACUGUUGGACGCGCAACCACCUCCGGUAAUGUCCUUUCGGACAUGCUGGGAAGUGCACACAAGCGCAAUGCGAAGACGCCAACACCGGGUUCAUUAUUCAAGGCGGGAAUCCGAUCUUCACUUUCUGGGUCUCCGCUCAAGAGUGGGAUGAACGCUACAAUUCUUGAUGAGCAGAAUGACCUCUUUGAUUUCAACUCCUUUGAGGAUGAUCCUUCUGACAAUGAAGGUGUCGAUAUUUUGAAAGGCUUUGAAAAGAUCGGUGGACCGUCAACGCAAACCAGUGCCACCGCCACGACUGAUCAUGUUGGACGACCAUCAUUGGGAGGCCGGAGCUUUACCUCUCGAGUCUAA